UUUUGACACAAUAGUAUCGUAAAAAGAGGAGAACAGGCGACAACAAUUAGAGAUGCCUGUCAAAAAUCUAUCGUUGCCAUCAUAAAACAUUAACCAUAUGUUUCAAUAAAUAUUUAGAUCCGUAAAUUAUUCAACUGAACAUUUAACAACUAAUAUGGAUUAACCUAAAUACAACAAGUUCAUAGAGACUUUGGAGGAUGGAUAAUUGUUGGGUUUAAUAUAAAAAUUGUUCGUAGGAGAAAAUAAAGGCAGCAUUACGAAAUAAAUAUGGAUAAACAGGAUUUGGAUAAUUAUACACGUGUUCCAUUAGUGUCACUGCCAGAUUCGAUAGCAGCAUGGCAUGAGGAUGUCCCAUGGGUUCCAGGGGUGUCUGAUACGGAUUCACCAGGUAAACCAAAUGGUAAUGCAUAUGAUGAGACUGUGUUAUCAGAUGAUUGUGGUGAUAUAGAGAAACUUAGUCAAUUGGAGAAGUUGAAGAUAAGAGUUAUCAACGGAAAGAUCAAGGAGAACUUGUCGUAUGGUGAGCUGAAGUUGCUGGGAUGCAGCAGUUUAGGAUUUGUUACUGAUGAUGUACGAAGGGUUCUCUGGCCAAAACUCCUGAGGAUAGACGACGAGAAGACCCUGGACACAUCUGAACUCUCUGAUGUUCACAAGAAAAUUGCUAAUAGUGUCUACGAGCAGAUUCUCAAGGAUGUGACGAGGAGUGGAGGUCAUCUGCCUCCAGAUUCCACAGAAGAGGAUUAUGAAAUUUUUCAUCGUAAAUUGACUCAAAUAAUUUGCGGGGUACUCCACAGACACCCAGAAUUGAAUUACUAUCAGGGAUACAAUGAUGUAGCAGCAACAGUCCUCAUCGUCAUGGGUUUGGAGAAAGGCCUCCUGGUGCUUGAAAAAAUAACUGUAGAAUAUUUGGAGAGGUUUAUGGAGCAGACGAUGGAGAAGGUCAAUCAAGAAUUGUUUUAUAUAUUUGCAUUGUUGGAGAGGAUUCAUCCUGCUUUAUUACAGCAUUUAGAAAACGUUGAAUUGUUUCCACAUUUCGCACUGGCCGAGUAUACAACGUGGUAUGCUCAUAAAUACGCUGAGAAUCGUAAAUUACUUCACAGAUUGUUCGAUUUUUUCCUUGGAACACCCACACUGAUGCCCCUUUAUUUGAGCACUGUCAUCGUUGCCCAUCGUGACAUUGAGAUAUUCAAUACAACUCCAGAUAUGGGACACACACAUAAAAUUUUAUGCACCUUACCCGAUGAUUUGCCGUUCGAGGAACUUCUCAUAAAAGCCAAAAAUCUCUACCGAGACUAUCCCCCAGAGUCAAUAAAUGCAGAUGUAAAGGAUUUCGAUCAGAAGAGGAGGUGCAAAGAACGAGAGUGGAAACAAAAAGCUGAAGCUAAUAGAAUAGAGCGCGAGAGACUCAGACGAUUGAAAGUUGCUGUACCCCAACCCAGAAUACCGUAUCGUCUGCGUUCGUAUAGAACUAUUACUGUCGUCACCAUCAUCGCCAUUGGUCUAUAUGCAUUUUUAAAAACAGGUUCUGGACUCAACUGACAUUAGUGGAAAAUCUUGCCUUAAUUUUCUACACCAAAUUUUUCUACAUAACAGGCCAUUUAAAUUAUCCAGAGUAUAUUUAUCCAAAGAUUUUUGCAGUGAGACGGAUGCUUUUGUCUCUGGUAGCAUGAGUUAUUAGUUAAAAUCGACCAUUCCUGUGUGAUGCCUUUAUUCGCUGAGAAGAAGUCAUUUAAAGGGAUAAAACAUAGAAAAUGUAAUGGGAAAAUUGAAUAAUGGUAAGAUUUUGGGUUUUCAAUUUUAAUCGUGAUUGGAUCGAAUUCUUCGGGCUAUUAAAUAACUAAAUUGAAUUCUGGAUUUGAAUGAAUUUUCUUCUCUGCGUUCACGAGGACUGACUAACAAAUCCUCAACCUAUGAAAAAUUGGAGUGAGAGUUAAUUGAACAUUCUGACAGAACGUCACUGUUAAUUAUUUAUUAUAGUGUAAUGAAGAGAAAACUAUUGACAAAAGUGCAAAUUAUAAAAUGUGUUAAAUAUAGACUCAAAUGAUGUGCGGAUUUUUCGUUCGUGAUUUGAAAGGAAAGGGGACAAAUGUAAAAAGUAGAGAAAUUGAAGAUUCGAGCUGUGGAAUAAACUAUUGUUUUUGUCUUUUAAA